AAGGCUUCUCAGCACCGCACUCCGGCGGACUCGGGAACUCAACCGCUCUGCGACUCGAUAUCCGGAUCCGCAGUCUAAGUCUCCGGACGGAGAUCCGAGGACCUUGAGGAACGAUGCCCGCACACCUGCUGCAGGAGGUCUCCAGCUCCUACACAAACACAACCGCUACUGUCACCACACCCCACUCCAGGCUCCCACAGGGUGCAGAGGACAAGCUGGGGAAGAACCCCCUGCCCACCGAGGAAGACAUCCGUCCUGAGUUCAAAGAUGACAUCUAUGACCCCAGCUACCAGGAUGAGGAGGGCCCCAGGCCCAAGCUCCAGUAUGUCUGGAGAAACAUCAUCCUCAUGGCUCUGCUACACAUCGGAGCCCUGUAUGGGAUCACCUUGGUGCCCAGUUGCAAGUUCCACACCUGGCUCUGGGGGAUAUUCUAUUACUUAGUCAGUGCCCUGGGCAUCACAGCAGGAGCACACCGUCUGUGGAGCCACAGGACUUACAAAGCCCGGCUGCCCCUGAGACUCUUCCUGAUCAUUGCCAACACCAUGGCCUUCCAGAAUGAUGUGUUUGAAUGGGCCCGAGACCACCGUGCCCACCACAAGUUCUCAGAAACCGACGCCGAUCCCCAUAACUCCAGACGUGGCUUCUUCUUCUCUCACGUGGGCUGGCUGCUGGUACGCAAACACCCAGCCGUCAAAGAGAAGGGUGGGCUGCUGGACCUGUCUGACCUCAAAGCUGAGAAACUGGUGAUGUUCCAGAGAAGGUACUACAAACCUGCUGUCCUGCUGAUGUGCUUCAUCCUGCCCACGUUCGUGCCCUGGUAUUUCUGGGGUGAAACUUUCCGACAUAGCUUAUACGUGACCACUUUCCUGCGUUAUGCUGUAGUGCUCAAUGCCACCUGGCUGGUGAACAGUGCUGCCCACAUGUAUGGAUAUCGCCCGUAUGACAAGAACAUUAACUCUAGAGAGAAUAUCCUGGUUUCUCUGGGAGCUGUGGGUGAGGGCUUCCACAACUACCACCACUCCUUUCCCUAUGACUACUCCACCAGCGAGUACCGCUGGCACAUCAACCUCACCACAUUCUUCAUCGACUGCAUGGCUGCCCUGGGCCUGGCUUAUGACCGGAAGAGAGUAUCCAAGGCUGCCAUCUUGGCCAGGAUUAAGAGGACUGGAGAUGGAAGUCACAAGAGUGGCUGAGUUUUGAGAUCUUCAUCUUCAUUUCCAAAGGCCAACCAUGCAGAGGUUCACUGUUCUGUUUAUUAACUACUGAAUAAUGCUCCAAGGACACUAAAGAUGAUGACUUUAACCCAUUCCAAUACAGUAUUCUUUAAAAAUGCAAAAGUAUUGAAGGACAA